AUGGUUGCACCCAAAAGAGAUAGCCAAACACUGUCACAGUCACCGCAAAAGAGAACCAAGAGGAGCCAUGAUCAUCAUCAUCUUGGUCAUGUAAUCGGUGCAAAUUAUAACAUAAAUCUCCCGGACGACAUUCUCGACCGGAUUUUCUCCUUCUUGCCGGUCAAAAAGGCGGUUCAGGUUGGAGUUCUAUCAACGAGGUUCAGAAACACAUGGAUUUUCAAUCGAAACCUGUUCUUCGACCGGGAUUUCUCCGGCAGCCGUAGCGAGUUUUUCGAGAUAAUCAAACGUGUUUUCAACUCUCACGUGGGCUCCAAAAUUCAAAGCCUCCGGUUCUCUUUCGAUCCAUCUGGUGCGGAAUCGGUGAUCGAAAGAUGCAUCGAUAUAAGCAUCGAGAAAGGCGUGGAAGAGAUUGAUUUAGAUUUUUACCAAAGUUGGAAGCCUUUCAAGGUUUCUUCGCAACAUAUUGACGUUGAAUCAAUCAAAAUAUUGAAGCUGAUUUUUUGCGAAGUUGAUAUUCCACCAAAUUUGCAGGGUUUGCGUUUCCUGCACACCCUCGAAUUUCGGAAGGUCGACAUCACAACCAAAGCCAUGGAAACGUUGUUUCGCCAUUGCUUGCUCCUCGAAAGCUUGGAGUUAUGGCAGUGUAACAAACUCCGGGGCCUGAAUGUUUUUGGUCGGAAUCUUAAGCGGUUUAAGGUUUUAAAACUCGGGCAUUGUACGGAUAUUAUGCGGAUUUAUGUCGAGGCCCCGACUCUUCACUCGAUCUACUACACCGGGACUGUUGUCAGCUUCGAGUUUGCCGAGGUUUUGCAGUUGGAUGAGGUGCUGCUUAAUUUCAUUCCUUCUAAAAGUUUUACACAGGCUUGCGCAAUAGAAACUAUGGUAUCUGGUCUCUCUCAUGUUAGUGUUCUCACUACUACUAGUGUAUUUCUUGAGGGCUUGACAAGAAGAAUAAGAGAUUGGACUUUUAUAGACAUGGAAUUCUGCUUUUGGAAUUUGAAGGAGUUUCAUUUGUACAUGGAAGGGACCACCUACUGCAAUCUUUUUGACAUUGCUGCUUUUCUCAAGAACUGCCCUUGCAUAGAGAAGCUUUUUAUUGAUCUCAAUGAAUUUUCUUUUGAAUGGGGAUUCUACUGGGAACUACAUCAGAGGGAAAUACUUGAGAAUUUCCAGCACUUAUUUACCAACCUCAAAUUCGUUAAAGUGAAAGGUUUCAAGUUUGAAAUGCGUGAGCUACAGUUGGUGAAGUUCUUCCUAGGGAAGGCAGUGUUCUUGGAGGCUCUAGUUCUUGUCACUCCCAGCAAUGGCCGCACCAAAUUCAAUACCCCAGAUGCACUAAUUUAUGACCAACUUCUUUGCUCAUGGAGAGCAUCUCCAAAAGCCAGUAUAUUCAUAUGUGAUCAUUCCAGUGACAGGACUUCUCUGCAUCCAAAACAUUCGAAAUAUUGGUUUUAA